AUGCUGAAUGCAGUGGACGGCUACUGCGACUUCGUAGGCAAAGACCGCCUCCAGUUCCUCAGGGAGAUACCUCUCAGAAGCCUGCACAACUUCUUCCAUUGGCUCCUUACGGCUCGACGUAAGUCAAUCCGUGAAGCGUCUAGCCUGCAGACGUACUGGAACGUCUUUGGCCUCAUCAAAAAAAAGGAAACGGGGCUGGUGUUCAUACGGAAUCAACAUUCAUCCUGGCUUACUUCUGCAUACGUCAGACAGCGACUGGGCAUCGAGUUCGAACUGAGGCAGGAGAAAAAGCAGAAACCUAUAAUGCGGGCUGAGGACGAGUUGGAAUUGCUCAAGACGCCGUGGCUCUCCUAUGGGAUCGCAUUCGAUCACGAACGACACCGCAUCGCUCUUGGCCUCAUCCUGCAGCUCGCGGGCAAUACCGGAAACAGGCCCGGUGCCCUGUUAGCUCUGAGGUCCAGAUACGUCAAACUCUUCCUGCUCCCCGGUCCAACAGGCGGGGAGCAGCCUCGAGUGCUCAUGGAGAUCACGUUCCAGUACACGAAAGGGUAUCUCGCGGAGAAGGACGCGUAA